AUAUCGGGAAGGGAAUUUAUUUUGGUGCCCGACGUCGAUCAAUUCCGUUUUUUACUAACCUGCUUUACCUGCUUUAUCUUAAAUCCAUUAUUCGACCUAUUGUUGAAGUAAUGAAGAGAACAUAUCAUCCUACUCAGGAUUUCCGUCAAAAUAUUAUUCCUGCCAAGUAGGACCUUGUAACACGAGUUUUUGAGUAUGAAGCUGAUGACAUUUCUUCAAGUGUAUCCCAUAUUCAAAAAUUCGAAGAUUUAAAUGAAGCCCUUUCAAAUAUUAAAGUUGAAAACACAACAUCCUCACGAGUAAAAGAAAAGUCAAAUGUUCUAGAUGCAAAAAUGGACAUCGAUGACAUUUCUUCAUUUGAUGUUAAAGGAGAUGAUAUGAUGAAUAUUGAUUCUUUGUCUAAUCAACAGACUAUCCCAAAUGAACACGAGCUUAACAUGACCGAAUUAUUUUCCGCGGAAGUACGAAAUAGAAUUCAUUCAUUGCGUCGAUUUACAAAAUUGCUUCCAUAUAUGGAUGAUGCGAACAAGAAAACUUUAUUUGAUUAUCUUAGAAAAUUAUUAUACAAUGAACAAGACAAAGAUGUUAAGAUUCUUGUAAUAAUACUCUUAGGUAAAUUGGCACUUGAUCCGAUAAUUAAUUAUAGUAUAGUACUCGAGGAAUUUAUGGAUCAGAUGCAAUCAAAUUCUACCGAAUUGAAAUGUAAAAUAUAUGAUACAAUUGUUAGAAUUUUACAAGCGAGAUUCGAAAGUAUACUACAAAUGCCAAAGUUAAACACCAUACUAAAGUUUCUGUGUGUAAAAGCAACUAAUGAGCUGACCGAUUCACAUUACAGUAUUAGAUCAUCUUGCAUUAGUUUGCUCGCAUCUUUAGCACCUAUUAUUAUCCGCGUUAAAUCGAUGCGAGGGCAAGCAAAGUUUACCGAGCAAGAGUAUCUGGAUGAGACGCAAAUUCAAACUAUAAUUCGUGAUUUUGGGAAAGAUUCCGAUCCACGUGUACGAAGUAAUGCUCUCAAAGCGCUUCUCCAGCUCCAUAAUUGUGAUUAUAAACUUGAUCUAUCAUUGUAUAAUUUAUGUGUUGCAUGCUUGACAGAUGAUUAUGAAGAAGUUCGAAUAGAAGCUUUGAGUUUAAUUUGGGUUUUAAGUAGCAUUUAUCCUGAAAGAACGGUACAAUUAGAUGAUAAAAUUACACAAGUUUUUCGACUAAUAGAUGAUGCAUUUAUUAAAAUUUGUGAUAUGGUAUGCGAUGAAUCUGUAAAGGUACGAAGCAAGGCAUGUAAUAUAAUGGGAAGCUACAAACUCGUAGAAGACUCGAUUCUACUAUCGACGCUAAGCCAACAAGUUAUAUCACAUGGAAAACCUCGUAAACCGAUGUUUAAAAAAUCAAGAUAUAUUCCAAAUCCAGAAGGUGAUAUUGAUGUCGAAUCAGCAGAAGUUCGGCUUUUAAAAUCGAGUGCGAAUGGAGCGUUUAUUCACGGAUUGGAAGAUGCCUUUCAAGAUGUUCGCAAUGCCGCAAUAGAUUCCAUUUGUGAAUUAAGUAUGCAAAAUCAAAAAUUUUCGAAAAGAGCUGUGGAAUUCCUCGUAGAUAUGUUCCAAGAUGAAAUUGAUUUUGUACGACUGAAUUCAAUUACCAGUCUUCGUAAAAUUGGAACUCUUCAGCCUAUUGAAUUAGACUCAGAAUUGUUGCAGAUUACACUUAGUGUACUUAAUGAUGCAGAUCCUAUUGUGCGAGAGUCAACACACGGAAUGUUGGGCGUUGCACGAAUUACUUCUCCAGAAUUAAUACCUCCAUUCAUUAAAGAAUUGUUGGCAAGUAUGUCGCGAUAUCCAGAAGAUCAAUUAUCAAUUUAUCAAUGUUUUCGUGAAUUUGGCUCCGCUCAUGGUGAAUAUAUUGAAAAGUUUAUUCCUAAAUUUUUCAAGAUGGAAUCAAGUUAUAUUUCUAAAGAAAUUAAUCAAAAUGACCGUGGACAUAUUGGAAAUUUGAUACUUGCAUUUAACGCUUCGAUCUCAAAUCCAAAGAUAUUAUCAAUCUUACCAAAAUAUGCAUUUAGGCAUUAUGAAUAUCUUAGAGACAAAUAUCCUAAUUGUUUCCCAGAAGUAAAGAUCCCAGGCGAUGCACCACGGCAAAGUAUUCGGGUCAAUGCAGAUGAUAAUACGCAAUCAUUUAUGAAUCAAACCAUAAAAAUGGUGUUUUCAAUGGGGAACUUUUUCAAAACUGGCGAUUUCAAAUCUGCACUGCGUAUUGCAAAAGUUUGUACAAACAACUUAAAGUACAUAUCACAUGUACCAUCACUUUCUGGUAGUGCGAUAUUUAUUAUUAUGUAUCUAGACUGUGUAAAAACUAUAAUACAGACGAAGCAAAAUUAUUUGGAAGCGAGUACUUUCACAACCGCGGCAGACACGGCGGCGCGACUGUUAUCAUCCUCUUAUAUUAUGGAAUAUAAGCUUAUCGGACUUUCGGUUCCAACAAAAACUUUUGUCAUUUACUUGAGAGUACUUGCAAAUAUAGUGUGGAUAUUUGGUUGCUUGACAGAAUCUAAUAAUGGUCAAGGAUUAUCAUUUUUGAGUAAGAAAGGUCUUUUGAAAUCUUUUAUCAAGAGAGUUUCAGAUUUACAAAGAAAAAUUGAGCGGGACAAUUUCCUCUCAAAAAACCUGACAAAGCUCCAAACCAAAUUAAAUAAAGCUAGUGUUUCUCCGACGAUUGAAAACAUGAUGUCAUUGUUUGAUUAUAUAAUGGAUUAUAAUCUCAUCGAUAUUGAUUUAAGUGACGAAGUUAAAAGAUCCGAAGCUACGAUCGUUAAACCUGUUUCGAAUUUGGAUCAACCGCUCGAAUUUCAAUCUGAGUUCCCUUCCACAAUCAAUAUUGAAGCUGAGUUACGAAAUAUUGUGGACACAACUUCUGUGACGAUUCAAGUAAUAUUUCCUGAUCAAUCAAUUGAACAUUUUAGGCCACCAUCGGCUGAUUUUGUUAUUGCUGAAAUGGAUAAAUUACAGUUAAGAACGCAAAUUGAUAUUUCUCAACCUGCCUGGACUGAGCCAUGUUAUAUUCAGCUCAAGGUAGUUUGUGAAUUUGAACCAGAUAUUCCGGAACUUGAUCAACAUAUAAUGCGUCAAAGUGUUGACGGAAAUAUUUCUGGAAAUACUUCUGAAAAUACGAUAGAUCUUUCAGAACCAGUCAAAUAUUACAUAUGGCCGAGAGAUUUGCUGUCCAAACGAAUACGCUAGUUGUUGUUUGAAAAAAUUUGUCAUAAAAAAUUUAUAUUAAAUUUUUUCUAUAGGUUAUUAUAUUUUAAAUUGACAUUGACAGUAUAAUUUAUUUUAUAUUUUUAUAUUAGUUACAAAAGGAAAUUUUGUAAAAUUAACAUUUAACAUAUUUUAGCUAUUACUUAUAGAUUUCUUAUGUUUGUUAUAAUUUGUUAUUAUUAAAUCAUCCAUUAUUUACUGCGUUUUAAAUUUGUGUGAAUGU